AUGGUUCGCUCUAUGGCUGAGCUGCGUUCAAGUGCCACACCUCCUCGUAUUCUCCCAGGUUCAAUUAACCAUGGCUCACUGUGGACAGUCCCAGGGCCCGAAGGCGAAGCCACCGGGAGCAGCACAGAUGGCCCUACAGAUGCCGCUCAAAAUUUGGACAGACCCGAGGAUGCCGACGUGGAUAUGGAGCCCAUCGAGCCAGUACAGCAUUCCGACAGGGAGAUGUCAGCCAUUGACCCGGCUCUCCGUGUUCCUGAUGCCCUCGCAGCGCUGCGAGAGCGGACAUCACACCCUCGCAACCAGUUGCAAUUUCUGGACCCCGUUGCCUCGAUGUUCCAGUUGAAGGGUGAUGCGAAAGUAGCGCUGCGACGCUUCAUUGAGGCUCGCAACGUCGAGCGGGAAGUAAUGGCCUUCGGCGCUAUGAUGUCCAUCAAACAACUCAUUGAGUCGAACACGGUCGUGGCCAACGAACUGUGGACUAUACCUGAACGCGUUGAGGCCGAAAUCGAUAAGUAUGCAAUCCGCAUCCUCUUCUCGCCGCAGAUCGCAGCGUAUGAUCAAGGACCACUUGAUCAACUUGCGCUCAUCAUUAAGCGUAAACGAUGGGGCUUGUCAGCGACAGUUGACGAAGAUGAGGAUGGAAAAUGGGACAAGCUGUUACACUAUGCACGCGGCCGGCUGACACAGAGGAAGUCCGAAAUGAAGAAGGCGAUUGCUGCAUCUUACGACCGCAAGGAAGUCCUUGCAACCGAAGACGACUCUCCCUUGAGCAGUGGCCACGACAUAGUCAAAUUAUGCAAAUCUCUGCUCAAGAUCGGCACCAAGAAGAUACCUUCAGGUACGAACAUCAAUGUCACACCGCAAUUUUGCACCCGGAUCGCUUUCCUGCGCUCUGUUCAUUUCGAGCACGGCUCAGUGGAGACGUACUGGAAACACGCCGACGAUGAACUCAUGAAGGUUCGCAAGGAUCUGGAUUACGAAGACGAUGCAUUGUCUUACUUCAUGACGCAGGUACUCAAACGCGAUCGCCAGCUAUUCCCGUGUAAAAACUGGGAACAUGUUGAUCGCAUCAAGGCGUCGGUCAGCCAGACCGAAAUUGAUCAAGUUCUGCAAACCGGACGCGCCGAGAACAUGCAGGCUGAAGGCUGA